GCUCCGCCCGCUUCUGAGGACCGACCGGUCGCUCCCACACAUCACUCCUCCGGCUCUGCCCGUCUCGCCCAAAGUCUCUCGUGGGGCAGUCGCAAUGGACAAGGCGGAGCUGUACUCGCGGUCCAACGGGCUCCAGCGGUGGGAGGCGUCUGCGGCGCUGGAGGCGGCGUGGCCGGCGCUGCGGUGGCCGGCGCCGCCCCUGCGAGUGCUCGACGUGGGCUGCGGCGCCGGAGACGUCACCGUCGACCUGCUGCUGCCCAGGCUGCCUCCACACACCCAGCUGGUGGGCACAGACUUGUCGGCUGCCAUGGUGGAGCACGCCGCGGAACUGUACGGGGCGGCGCACCCCGGCCUCAGUUUCCAGCUCCUCGACAUUGCCGACCCUAACAUCGACGCCUCGCCCGUCUACCAGCUGGCGCCAUUCGACAAGAUCUUCUCCUUCUUCUGCUUGCACUGGGUUCCGGAGCAAAGGCAAGCAGCUGAAAAUCUACACCGACUGCUGAAACCAGGCGGUGAAGUGGUCCUGUCACUGCUGGCCCACUGCCCCAUCUUCAGCGUGUACGAAGGACUGGCGCACAAACCCCAGUGGAAAGAAUACAUGCAGGACGCAAGACGCUUCAUUUCGCCGUACCAUCACAGCGAAGACCCGGAGCGCGAGAUGAAUGAACUCCUGUGCCGCGCCGGGUUUCGAGUCACGCUCUGCACCCGGCAGCAACGAUCCUUCACUUUUCCCGGCCACAGCGCCCUCAUAGAAGCCGUGACAGCCGUGAACCCGUUUGUGGAGCGCUUGCCAGAAACGCUGCAGCAAGAGUUCCUAGAAGACUGCAUGAAAGAAGUUCUGCGACAAAAGCUCGUGUCGAUAGAAGAUGAUGCUGACAGCAACAACAAUAGCAACGGCAGUAACAGGAGUGGGAACAACGCAGUCGACGCAAACAGCAAGAAGUUGACGACGCGCUAUAGCGUGCUCACGGUCGUGGCCGCGAAGGCCGCGGCACAGAACGGAGUUCGAACUGUACGUUGACUAGGCCGGAGAACACAACAAUAAGCGGUAUCUGCAGCCGUCUCGACUAGAAUGUGGUAGUUGCGGCAGGAUGCUCGUAGAUGUCCCACCGAGUUCUCCCCCGUGGUCGUCAGUAGUCUACGGCAGUCGGAGAAUAGUACCACAGGUUAUUUCAGCACCUAAUCCUGUAGGCAACUUCCUGUGUCUCCGUGGUCUGCAAAGGACCAACCUCAUGGCACUUGAGAUGAGUAAAGCACCUUGGAUAGGAAAGUUCUCGUCAGGUGUAGAAACCACGACAGGACUGUCUUUCAUAGAUCUGUGUAGCUAAUGAUAAUUAAUUAACAUUCACUAGCACAUCUUAAAAGAGGCACUGAAGAUUAAAUAAACAAAUGUUAAAAGCGCAUGGACACUCGUGCACUGCACUGUGAUGCCAUGUGCAAUCCAUGCAUUUUCCAAACUGUGUACCUGUAACACUUACACCAAAUCAUCUCUCAAAGAACCAUAUCUUUGUCAGUAAGAAAACUGUAGUGAAGAUAUUCUUCAUCUUUAUUCUUCCAUAUUUUGGAGUGCAACUGGCAUUUUGGAUACCGAUACAGUGUCAAGCUCUAUGUUAAGCAUAGUUUAUGCAGAUAUGCACAGCUUAUGGAGAUAUGCACUACGAAAACACAUCGUAAUGUUGAUAGCGAAUUAGGGUUUCAGACAGAGAGAACAAGUUUUCGAAACUGGAGGUGGCGUGAUGGGAACAAAAUGUGACAAUUGACACAUGAAUAAAUUAAUAGAAUCUCUUACGGCGUCAAGAAUGGACGGUGUAGUAAAAUCAUUUAUAGUUUCCCUGUGAUUGGUCUUCUCUGUAUGAUUGUCUGUCAGGUGUACCUUGUUCCCAGUACAUGUUACUGAUCACAGUGAAUACUCUAACGCAUGGAUACCUAACCUUUUGCCUACCACCCACUUUUGUUUUUCUGUCAGUAGUAAAACUUCCUAACUGCCCCGCAGUUGGACAGUAAUGUUUAUUUAUAACUCAGCGAAGUAACUUUACUUAUAAAAUUUAUAAAAAUGACUUAUAGCAGGUUAAAUCAUACAAUAAUAACUACGCAGCAAAUAUUUAAUGACAAAUUUUAUGAAGACUUACUGAACAUUUUUUAAAACCCGUACCGUCUACCGCCCACCAUAAAAGCUGAAAUAACCAGUAGCUGGCGGUAGGUAUCAGGUUGACUACCACUGCUCUAACGCUUGGAAGAGGUUGUCCUAAGAAGAGUACUUACAGUUUAAAGCUCCUACUACAUCUACCACGUUAAUUCAGUUCCGAGUACAAAACCAGAAAAAAUAAUUAAUGAAGUUUAUUUCCGGAUGAACUACUAAAAUCAUGUUCUUAAAUUAAGGAUGAUUAAAACUUUGAACAUAGCUGUUAAGGUUCAGUGACCAUUUCAGAAUUAUAUUAGAACAAAUAAGCCCUCGGUCACAAAUAUUAAGUCAAAAUUGACCAGUUUUCGUCGCUACUAUGAGCGUCGACACCAGAAUUAAACUAACUGUUCUAAAACAUAUUAGGUAUAUAAUACAUUAAUAAAAUUAAAGUUUGUACUGACUGGAAAGAGGUGCAGUACUUACAAGACACAUUUGAAAAAGUCUAAGGCUGGAAAGGCGACGUCAUGAAUCGUUUUAAAUAAAAUGGCGAGUCGCUAAGGACGGCUCGUACUUAGUGAACAAGGGUUGCAACAAGACUGAAGACGACGCUCAUAGUAGCGUCGAAACCUGGUCAAUUUUGACUUAAUAUUUGUGAGCGAGGUCUUAUUUGUUCUAAUAUAAUUUAGGGUGAUUGCAUAAUGUGGUGCCACACAACGUGGCACUACACAAAAAUGGCGCUAAUAGCAUAGGCACAUAGGGAACACACACGACAAAGAUCUGUAAGUCCACGGUAUUGGGGUAAGUUGAGAAAACCGUCCAGAAACACAAGUGCUACAAAACACCACUGUUUCCUGCGCAUGUAUCCCGACAUCGAUAUGGGAUAUGAUCACCAUGCACACGUACACAGGCCGUAUAACGGGUUGGCAUACUAUGGAUCAGGUGGCCGAGCAGCUGCUGGGGUGUAGCCUACCAUUCUUGCACCAGUGCCUGUCGGAGCUCCUGAAGUGUCGUAGGGGUUUGAAAACGUGCAGCGAUACGUCAACUGAGAGCAUCCCAGACGUGCUCGAUAGAGUUUAGGUCUGGAGAAAAGGCAGGCCACUCCAUUCGCCGGAUAUCUUCUGUUUCAAGGUACUCCUUCACGAUGGCAACUAGAUGGGUCCGUGCGUUAUCAUCCAUCAGGAGGAAGUUGGGACCCACUGCACCCCUUAAAAGGUGGACAUACUGGUGCAAAAUGACGUCCCGAUACACCUGAUCUGUUUACAGUUCCUCUGUCAAAGACAUGGAGGGGUGUACGUGCACCAAUCAUAGUCCCAUCCCACACCAUCAAACCACGACCUCCACACAGGUCCCUUUCAAGGAAAGGAAUGAACACCAAGCCUCAUCACUGUUCAGACUAUACCUGAACUCGUCCGUGAACAUAACCUGGGACCACUGUUCCAAUGACCAUAUACUGUGUUCUUGACACCAGGCUUUACUGGCUCUCCUGUGACCAGGGGUUAGUGCAAUACACCUUGCUGUUCUCCGGGCGAAUAAACCAUGUGUGUUCAGUCGUCUAUAGACUGUGUGUCUGGAGACAACUGGUCCAGUGGCUGCGGUAAGGUCCCGAGCAAGGCUACCUGUAGUACUCCGCGGCUGUCUGCGGGCACUGAUGGUGAGAUAUCGGUCUUCUUGUGGUAUUUUACAUUGUGGACAUCCCAUACUGUAGCACUUGGACACGUUUCCUGUCUGCUAGAAUCUUUCCCAUAACCGUGAGAUCACACUUUGUGGCACACGGAGGGCCCGUGCAACGACCUGCUGUGUUUGACCAGAGUCCAGUCGCCCUAGUAUUCUACCCCUUAUAACGUCAUCAAUAUGUGUUCUUUGAGCCAUUUUCAACACACAAUCACUAUUAGCACGUCUGUAAACGUCUACAGACUUACACGCUGCAUCGUACUCUGACAUGUACCAACACACCUCUGCAUAUGUGGACUGCCGCCAGCGCCACCGUGCGACGACCGCAGGUCAAAUGCACCGCAUGGUCAUACCCCGAGGUGAUUUAAACCCGCAAACGGUCCACCAGAGCUUUGUUUCACCAUGUAUGAGCAUUAUCCUUAAUUUAUGAGCAUGAGUGUAGUAAUAAUCUGCAAAGAUUGUUUUCCCACAAAAAUUAAAUAAACUAAGUGUAAACAGAGGCUGUUACUGAAAUACAAAGAAACAACGGCUUCAUUAAGUAACAUUAUAAUACAAAGUAUAGUAAGCGAGAGGAAACACUGUUAGAAGUAAACAGAUGUACAGGCUCACAACAUAACAUGAAAAUUAAUUAUCACUCAGUAAUUCUAACUGAGAGGUCUCAUGUUAAAACACAAGAUUCAGUAGACAGUAACAUGUCUGCUCAAAUACAGACACAUAUCUCACAGAGCUCCAGAAACAUGGCAACUCUUGCACAAGUAGAACGCAUUCCAUGACCUGUUGUCAAAUCGGCACACUACAGCUACAACAAUACGUGAGGGCGUCGCAUUCUUGCCGCACAGUGCAUAAGACUUUGGAUUGCAUUCAAAAAGGGCAAAGUUCAAAUACUGUCCCCUCAUCCAGAUUUAGUUGUUCCUUGCUGCCUUCAGUUUCCCUAAGAUGAAUUUUCGGCUUGUCCCUUUGGAAAUGCAAUGUUCCACUUUGUUCUCCGUCGUUGUCCACUCAAAGCUUAAACUUUACAAUAACCUCGUCGUCGUCAGAUGUUAGACCUAACCAUAUUUAUUGACAAACAGCUUCGCUCUCUGAUAAGAAUCAAUACUUCUUUUCUAGGUUACUGCUUUCUGUUUGUAAUCAUUAAUGUAGAAAAGUGAAACUGUUUAAACCGUAGAACUGAUUGGCAUAGAAGGCAAGUUAAUUUAAAUAAACAAAGGCUUCACUUUUA